AUGGUCUGCACAGGGCUCAGCCAGCAAGCAAGUGCUUCUAUCUGGUGUAUAAUGCUUUGGAAUGCAUGUGUGUCAUGGGGAAAGUUGGAAGGAAAAGAAGAAGAAGAAGAAGAAGAAGAAGAAGAAGAAGAAGAAGAAGAAGAAGAAGAAGAAGAAGAUUCCCAGGACAUUUCCUUUCUCAUCUCUUCCCUACUCUCAGACAGAAACAACCCUAUCCUUGACCUGAGUUAG